UCAGCCAGCGGUGAACGGUGAACCUCGGCGGGGAGAGGAAAAUCGAGCGCCACUCAUGUUUUCAUCAAGUCAGGAAGAUCACAGCGCGCCCACCAAGGAUCCCGUGAAGUACGGAGAACUCAUCGUCCUGGGCAAAUUAUCCUGACUUUUCACCUGCCUGUCCUUCUUGCCAUCCUCACUGCACACUGUCUUCGACUUGUUUCUAUAAACCUCCUCUCUUACCUUAACAUCUUGUAUCCUAACAUCCUGGUUUCCACCCACCUGCCAAAUUAGUUUAAACCCUCCCCAACAGCUAAAUUAAACAUUCCCGCCAGAAUAUUGGACCCUUUGGAGUUUCGGUGUAACCCAUCCUUAGUGAAUAGGUCGUGCCUCCCCCAAAAAAGGUCCCAAUGAUAUAGAAAUUUGAAGCCCUGCCCCCUGCACCAGUCACUCAGCCACGCAUUCAUCUGCCAGAUCUUUCUAUUCUUACUUCCAUUAGCACGUGGCACAGGUAGUAAUCCUGAAAUUACCACUUUAGAGGUCCUACUUCUCAACUUUCUUCCUAACUCCUUGUAUUCCUCCUUCAGGACCUCUUCUCUUUUUCUACUGAUGUCAUUGGUACCUACAUGUACCAAGACUUCUGGCUGAUCACCCUCUCCCCUCAGAAUAUUCUGGACCCGGUCCGUGACAUCCUGCACCCUGGUAACAGGGAGGCAACACACCAUCCAGGAUUCAUUGUCGGUUUUGCAGAAUCUGUUAUCUGUUCCCCUCACUAUAGAAUCCCCAAUAACCACUGCAUUACUCUUUCCCCGCUGGACCACAGUACCAGGCACAGUGCCAAAGUCCCGGUUGCUGUGGUCUUUCUCUCUCUCCACCUGCCCUCUCUCUGUCUCUCCCAACCUGUUCUUUCUCUCCCUUUCUCCUACCUGUCUUUCCCCUCUCUCCCCUGCUGCUGUUCCUCUCUCUCGUCCACCUGCCACUCCAGCUCAUCUAUUCCUAGCCCCCACCAUUCUCUCAUCCCCCAUCUCCCUCUCCCCCCACAUACCUCCCUUCCAUCCCACCACCCUCACUCUCCCUACCUUCAGAACCCUGUCCCCACCCCUUCUCUCUCCCUCCCCCUUUCCCCACUCCUUCCUCAUAAUCCCCGACUCAUCCCACCUCCCCCAUAUUCCUCUACCUUGUACUUCCCCUCUCCUCUCCCCAUACUGUAUCCCCAUCGCCUCCUAACUUCCCCAUGACUUUCCUUUUCCUCCCAUACUCCCUCUUCUGCUCACUCUCCCCAGUUCACUCUCCACCACACCCUCAUUCUCCCAUUCGCUCUUCCCCCACACCACCCAUUGCCACAUUUAAAAUGCUGCCUGGCUGUACUUGAAGAACUGGAACUGCAGAGCAAUGGAUCUAUUGCUAGGAGUUGGGAUUAGGCUGGUAGCACUUUUUCAACCAGCCGUACAUGGUAGUCAACUGUAAAGGGCAACAUAGCAUCUCAUAUACAUUAUCCAGAAACCAGACAGUGGUGGUAGAGUAUACCCAUGAUAAAGAUACGGACAUGUUUCAGAUUGGAAGGUCCACAGAGAACCCCAUUGACUUUGUGGUAACAGACACUGUUUCUGGUAGCCAGAGUAAUGAUGAGACACAAAUCACUCAAAGCACCAUCUCCAGAUUUGCGUGUAGAAUAGUUUGUGAUAGAAACACACCAUAUACUGCUAGGAUUUAUGCUGCAGGAUUUGAUUCAUCGAAAAACAUAUUUCUUGGUGAGAAAGCUGCUAAAUGGAAAAAUCCUGAUGGCCAUAUGGAUGGGUUAACAACCAAUGGAGUAUUAGUAAUGCAUCCUAGGGGAGGAUUUACAGAAGAAUCCAGGCCUGGAGUGUGGCGGGAAAUUUCUGUUUGUGGAGAUGUCUAUACGCUGAGGGAAACGAGAUCAGCACAGCAAAGAGGAAAACUGGUGGAGACUGAAACCAAUAUUCUUCAAGAUGGCUCGCUUGUUGAUCUUUGUGGAGCAACGCUUCUGUGGAGAACAGCAGAUGGCUUGUUCCAUACUCCUACCCAAAAACACAUUGAGGCUCUUCGACAGGAGAUAAAUGCUGCUAGACCUCAGUGUCCAGUUGGUCUUAACACCUUAGCAUUUCCCAGCAUUAAUCGCAAGGACAUUGUAGAAGAGAAGCGGCCAUGGGCUUAUCUCAGCUGUGGGCAUGUCCAUGGUUACCACAACUGGGGACAUCGCAGUGAUACAGAAGCCAACGAGCGGGAAUGUCCCAUGUGCAGAACUGUGGGUCCAUAUGUACCCCUUUGGCUAGGUUGUGAAGCAGGAUUUUAUGUAGAUGCUGGUCCUCCAACACAUACAUUUAGCCCAUGUGGACAUGUGUGUUCUGAAAAAACAGCAAAAUAUUGGUCACAAAUUCCAUUGCCACAUGGUACUCAUGCAUUCCAUGCAGCGUGCCCUUUUUGUGCUAUCCAACUGAAUGGAGAACAAGGCAUCAUUAAACUAAUUUUCCAGGGACCAAUUGACUGAUGAAGAGUUGAAAGAGGACAAACAAAACUUUUUGGAAAAUACUGUGAAAAUGAUCCACUGUGGCUGUAUCUCCACUAUUCCUGGUUAAUCUUUUGAAAAAGUUUGGGGGAGGAGUUGGGGGGACAAUGAUGAGAUUGGUGGGGGAUGCAGGUUUCAGCAUUGCAGAUGAUGAUUAAUAGUGCAGGGUUUAGAGGUGCCAUUCAUAAAAGCCACAACUAAAAAGAAGAGUUAUCCUAUUGUUCUAACCUAUUUUGCUACAAUGUGCCCUUUGUAUAGUUUUAUAAUUUAUAUGGUUUUAAUAUAUUGUGUUAUAUGCUUGAAUGGCCUGUCGGGAUAAAGCUGUAAAUCAUUUUAUGGCUAUUGUGUAAGCUUAGCAGUAAAGUAUUACUUAGAAAUGCUUUCUUUUAGUAAGUAUGUUUAGUAAUGACCUGCUCAUUCACUGCAAUUUGGUUUAAAUUCUCAGGUGUGUAGAUAAAUAUUGAGAAGCUAAAUUCUGCACAGAGAUCAAUGGCAGGGUGGACUUGUGUUUUCUACCUACUGAAGUAUUCUUUACAAGCUUUAAAAAUCCUUUGCAAAAAUGUUGCUGAAAUUCUUUGCAAUAUUGUACAAUGAAAUUACUCUGAUUUUUGAAUGAAGGGAUCAGCUAUGAAGUCUUACCCCAUCUUAAGGUACACAGGGAAAUAUUGUGACAGUUUAACUGAAACUGAGUUAUGAAUUUUGUUUUUACCAGUUAUAUUUUACCAUAUGCAGUUAUAUCUUUAGUGUGACAUUGAAUACUAUUUAUAGUUCCAAUAAUUGCUGCUGUUUCUGUUAAUUAAAUUGCCCAUCUUCUGUUUUAGGUCCAUUUUAAAUAUAACAAACUGCAAAUACUGCAUAAGUGUCUGUAACAAUUCGAGGAUGGAAUUUUUAAUUAAUAGUACAACAGAGUAGCACGAGUCUUAACAGGAUCUGAGCUGUGAGCAUACCUUGAUGGCAGGUCGUAAUAAUCCAGAAUCUUUGCAACUUCCAUAAUGGAAAGGUUAUCCGGAAUUUAAAAUAGUUCAACAGCUGAAUCAUAAUUAAAAUAUUUAUUUAUAAUGCAAAUGUAGCAUUUUAGACCACUCAUUUGAAAUGUUUGCUAAUAAUUCCCUAGGGUUAUUUUGUAAUCCUUUUGGGGAUAGCACGUAGAUUAGUAUGUACAAAAGUUGAGAUGUAACUUGGUAAAUAGCCAAGGUCAUUGAUUCAAGAUUCAAAUACAGGCAUUUAUUCCUUCUCUCACUAUUUACUUUGAUGUGUUUUUUUUGGUAAAUCUACAAAGAUACUAUUAUCUUCACAAACGAGUUUCUUGAAACAAAACUAAAAUAAAACUCUCAUGGCAGAAUGGAAAACUAUCUUGAUUUAUAAAACUUUGUUUUGGUCUGUAUUAUGCUUGCAACUACUUCAUUGAAGUUAAGAAACAGAUUUGCAUAUUAUUGAUUCCUUGUUGAUACAAACUGAUUGUUUUAUCUGCUUAUUAUGUACAGAAUAAUUUGGAGGCUUGAGUAUUAACAUGUGCUUCUGAAUGUGACAUUAUUCAUAUUAUUGCAAUUUCCUAAUUUUAGUUUGGAUUAAAAGUCAAGUGACAAGAUCUUACCCUUUAGGAGCUUGUACUUUAAUCUUCAGUUACCAUUGGUACUUUCCACUACAGGUGGAAAAUAUGCUCAUAGAAGUUCAGUAAAGAUUAAUAUAUUUACUCUCCAUUUUAAAAUUUUAUAACACUGCUGAUUGUAUAUAAUUUAGCUGUUACAACAUGUUAAAAAGGAAGUACACAAGGGAUUAUUUAAUUCCACUGGGCAUAUAGAAAGAUUAACCCCUGAAUGACUAAUUAAGUAUUAUAGUGAAGUGUUGAGUACUCAGCAAUAUCAUUAUAAAUCUUGCUGGAAAAAUCCCAGUGAGGGAAGUAUUACAAAAUUGCUGGAAAAGUCCAUGUUUAAUUUGUCAGUAUUCAGCAUAUAUGUUGACCUUGUCACAUGAUCUGCAGCAAAUUCCAUUUGUUGUAAAAAAAAGAUGCAAAUUUAAAAUUGCAAUUGUCAGUGCAAAGAUGGCCUUUUGAUUGAUUUUUAUCAAUUGUCACACCAUUGUUAACUUCUGAAGAGCUUUCUGUUUAAAAUUUCAGGACAUUGCCUCAAAGUGUGUACCAUUGAAAUUUCCCUAGUUAAAAUACAAAUAAAUAAAGCUUGGUUCGGUAACAACCUUGCUGGUGCCUAAGAUGCUAACUGAUUUCUUGUGAUGUAUCACAUGCUAAUAAAGGCAUUUUCA